CGCACUCAUCCGGUCGGUGCAACUAUCAGUACGAUAUGUUUAUUGUGAGAGUCUUGGUCAAGGACUGAGAACGUCACUGGUCGUAGCACCAAGUGGAGUCCUAAUGUUGUUAGAUAAAGGUUGAACAAUUCCCAUCCUUGUUCUUGUCCAAGACCGCGCGUUCCUGCUCUCAGCCUUGUUCGUAUUCCUACCUCAGGUGUCGCAUCUCGAGAAACAACUCGCAGGAAACGGAUCAACGGCACUUCUGCGUAACAGGAACAAUCUAUCAACAGGUAGCCAUCACAUACAAACACUAGCCUGCGGACUCCGCGGCAUCCUCACUAUCGUAAUUUGACUUUCCACAUUUCAGGCGCAAACUUCCGACAUUGAGUUAUAACAAUCUCAACCCAAAACACUCUUGGAAAGAAAUAACAUCAAAAGUCAUGAAAACUGCUUUCUUUCUCGGUGGGGCACUCGCCAUCGGAGCUCAUUCUGCUGCCACUUCAGGGUGCGGGAAAUCCUUGCCUGCACGGAUAGACCGCGGAGGUGCCAACCAGACCAAUUCUCUGAAAUUCACAACCUCCGGUGGAACAGUCCGUGAAUAUGGCCUACACAUCCCGACAUCCUACGACAGUGAUGAAUCAACACCUCUGGCCUUCUCAUUCCAUGGCCGAACACGGAUCUGGCAGGAGGAAGAGGAGAUUUCUGGAAUGUCCAAUGAAACACUGAACCCAAAUUUCAUCGUGGUAUAUCCACAGGGAAUAGACAUGCAAUGGCAAGGCGACCCGGAGGCUGUGGGAUACGACGAUGUCAGCUUCACUUUGCAACUCCUGGCCGAUCUCUCCAGUACCUAUUGCCUGGACACGAACAAGAUCUAUGCUGCAGGAAAAUCAAAUGGCGGUGCCUUCUCUGCGAAUAUCCUGGCUUGCCAUCCUGAGGCUUCGCGCACCUUCGCGGCGUUCGGAGGCAUAUCGGGCGCCUACUAUCAGGGAAACAGCGAUGCCGACUGCAAUGCUGCGACUGUACCCAUUCCUUGCAAUGCCAGUCGACCGAUCCCUAUCUUCACGACACACGGCGAUGCUGAUGAAACGAUCCCUUACGACGGCGGACCUCGUCGCGAUCGCUGUCUACCCAACCUUCCGUACUUCAUGACACAAUGGUCAGACCGCAACGGCUUUGGCACUUCCAACACGUCGACUUCACUCUAUCACAAGAACGUGGUACAGUACGAGUACGGCAACGAAACAUACCCAGGCUUCAACACUCAUCUACGCGUGCACGGCCUCGGUCACUACUGGCCUUCUCUAGCUAAUGGAAGCUCAUUCGACGCGACACCGCUCCUCCUUGACUUCUUCAACAAAUGGACGUUGGAUGCCGUCAACACAACAUCGACUGCCACAAGUUCGUCGUCAGGAACGCCGCCGGCAUCUAGUACAUCGUCGACCAGCUCGGCUGCUGCCUCGACAUCUAGUGCUGGAGAGAUCAAUGCUGUCGGUCAACAACAAUGGUUCCUUGGUGGCCUUCUUGGUGUUGUCGGUUGGUUGUUCAUCUAGUCUAGAGCCAGCAUUCAAUAAUCAUCCGGCUUCAACACGUUCGUGUCAGAGGUCUUGUCCGAAAAAAGGGUAUAGUUUGCUUCUUCUUACCUUAGCGCUAUAGAACAAACCCAAAUACAUUUCUCCAAGCU